AUGGAUACCAGACUAGCUAAGAAAGCAGGAUCGUGGUAUCAAGCGGCUGAAGAUGAUUUGAUGCGUGAUAUUAACAAGUUUCUCGCCGAAGUGCCUGAGACUGUUGACGACUCUCCACUGCCCAUACCGGGGGCUCGAAUAAUCAUUGCACCACACGCAGGAUAUGAAUACUCAGGUGAAACCGCUGCCUGGGCCUAUUCCUGCCUGGAUCUUAGCAAGGCGAAGCGAGUCUUCAUUCUGGGACCAUCUCAUACUUACGGCCUUUUAGGCUGUGCUGUCACAACAUUUUCGAAAUAUGCCACUCCUUUCGGUGAUUUCACUGUGGACAGGGAUAUCGUUGAGCGCGUGAAAGAAGCAGCAGGCAUGCAAAAUGUACCUCGUAGGAAUGACGAGGCAGAGCAUUCUCUAGAAAUGCAUUUGCCAUUGCUCUACAAACGAUGUCAACAGACAUUCAAAUCGCCAGAAGAUUUCCCCAAGGUGGUUCCCAUUAUCGUCGGAAGCACUAGUCGAACAAACGAGAAAGACAUCGGUCGAGUGCUCCUAUCAUAUAUAAAGGACGAAGAAAAUGCUUUCAUCAUAAGUUCAGAUUUUUGCCACUGGGGAGAGCGAUUCGACUACACAGCAUACACCGCUGAUGGAGACCUUGGAAGUCUGAAGCAUCUUCAACCUUAUAGCUCAAAACCAUCAGGACCACCUAUCUAUGAAUCGAUUCAGCUAGUCGAUGAAGCGGCUAUGGAUGCCGUCAAGAGCGGCAGUCAUGAUGCCUUUGUCGAUAAUAUCAGACGUACGGGAAAUACAGUGUGCGGGAGACACCCGAUUGGAAUUGCCAUGGCUGCUCUUGAGCUCUAUGCUGAAGAGGUCAAUGACGAGAACAAGAGUCGAUUUAAAGUUGUGAAGUAUGACCGCAGUAGUGAAGUCGUGUGGCCCGAUGACUCGAGUGUUAGUUAUGUUUCUGCUUAUGCAGUUUUGUGA